GCGCCGCGCUCUGGCUGGGGCUCGUCGGGGAAGAGCAGCCGCAGCAGCGCCGGACGCGCCGAGGUCGGGAGCCCGUCGCGUGCUUGGAGGGCCUCGGAGCAGCUGCGCCGCUUUCCACGCGCCCGCGGCGGACCGCGCGGCACCCCAGCGGGCAGAGUUCUGCGCGCCCCGACCGAACCCGGCUCUUGUUUUGCUGACAGGGCGAGGGAGGGCCAUGAGGGCCAUACUGCUGAUCCCGAGCGUCUUCCUGGCAGCAGCCUGCUCCAUCCUGGUGAACUGUGAAGAGAUUGAAGUGCUUCAGAAUGAAGUUUACAACAAAGAAGGCAGAGAAAAUCUGGCAAAUGCCCAGCUUCUUCCAGCCAGGGAGACUUUGGAGAAUGAAGGACAGAGAGAUGGAAGCAUGUUAUCCUCAGGGGACACCUUUAGUGAACUUCCUCGAGUUGCUUUCCUGUCCAAGCCACAAGAUCCUGUGACUCCAAAGAAAGAAGGGAAAGGGAAAAAAAGAAGAAAGGGGAAAGGGAAAAAGAGAGAUCCCUGCUUGCGAAAAUACAAGGAUUUUUGUAUUCAUGGAGAAUGCAAAUACGUCAAGGAUAUAAAAAUUCCAGCUUGUGUGUGCCAUUUGGGAUACCACGGACAGCGAUGCCAUGCUCUUAGUCUUCCAGUGGAAAACCGCUCCCAUGGUUAUGACCACACGACUGUACUAGCAGCCACUGCAGUGGUGCUGUCAUCCUUAUGUUUUAUCAUCAUUGGUGCAUUACUGAUGCUGAGAUGCCACAAACAAGGCGUAUAUGACGUAGAGAAUGAAGAGAAGGUUAAGCUGGGCAUCACUGUCAACCACUGAGACAUCCUGGGAUUGCAAGGAUUCAGCAGUGAAGCAAGCUCUACUUCCACAGUCCAGCGAUGAAACUCUUUUUCUAGGACACAUUUCAAAGUCAAAAGGGGAGUUUGUAUCAGUGGAAAAAAGUGCUCUUUUUCCAAGGGGCUUUUGUCAGAUCUUUGGUGUGUUGAAAAAAGAAUUCCGCUUCUCCAAAUUGGAAGAAGUUUCUGAGGGAGAGACCAAGAGAGAAGUUUCUCUGGACUUGUUCCUGACAUGGGGCUAGAGCAUAACGGAAAGACUUGGACGUUGCCUUGGUACCACUGAAAAGUAACAUCUUUACAAGCAAGCAAUGAAACAGCAAACUGGAUUUUUCAUACAACUGCUGAGGAUUUAACUGUGAAAGAUUUAGACUCUGCUGAAGAAAUCUAACUUUUGAACUUUAUUACCUGGGUGGGGUGGGAACUAUUUAACAAAAUAUUUCAUUUUAAAUUAUAUAUUUAUUUUAGAUACAAUGUACAUAUUAUUUAUUUAGGGCUUGAUCCUGUAGUCCUGGAAUAAAGUAGAGAGACAGGAGGAUUGUGCAGUGUAACGCUCUAAUAAAUAACUCUUUGUUAUACUUGGUACUUGAA